AUGUCUGUCCUCGAACGGCUGAGGGAAGUCUUUAAUCUUAGGGCUUUUGCGGAAGAAACCGAAGACGACGACGACGAAGACAACUCCACCUCCAACCUCUCCAAACCCAAAACCAAAAACUUCCUCAUCCCCUGGCUCCAAACCCUCGAAAUCACCUCUGCCGAACUCCUCAGCCCGACGACCACCAAAAUCACCUAUCGCUUCCCCGUCACGCGCGAAUAUCUCAAUCCCAUGCGGACGUUCCACGGAGGAGCCAUUGCUGCCAUGUUUGACGUGUGCACGACGUGGACGUUAUUUCCCAUUGCCGAUUAUGGAUUUUGGUCGACUAUGGGGACCACGAGGAGUUUGGUUUGUACGUAUGUGAAACCCGUGUUGGAGGGGGAGGUGGUGGAUGUGGAGUGUCGGAUCGUCCAUGCCGGAAAGAGACUCUGCUUAUUGACGGGAAUCAUGAAGAGGGAAAAGGAUGGGGCGAUUGUGGCGACUUGUGAGCAUAACAAGUACAAUAUUGAUGCGGACGAAUCGAAAAUGUAA